AUGAAUAGGAAUAACUCGGUAACUCCUGGUUCACCAUCACCUGCUACACUUCAUAAUUCUUUGUCUCUUCCCAUUUCAACUGAUCUUUCCACAAGUGUUACUUCGCAACAAUCUUGGGAAUAUUUGCGAAAACAGGCUCGACAAUUAGAAAAUGAGCUUGAGCAAAAACUUACCAGUUAUUCUAAAAUUGCUGCACAAGUGGGGAGAAGUGUGGGAUAUGGUCUUGGAAGCAAAAAAAAUGAUGGCAUGGCGGGAAAUUCGAGCGAGGCUAUGGAAUUGGAAUUAGAAGAGUUAAUCAAGAAGCUUACUUCAGUUGUCAACUCUAUGGCAGAAGUUGUAGAUAGACCUUCAACAACGUCAACAAAUCCAUCAAUGAUGCAUAUGUUGCAAAGGCAUAGAGAUAUAUUAUAUGAUUAUUCAAAAGAAUUUAAAAAAACAAAAGCAAAUAUACAGGCAGCAAAAAAUCAUUCAGAUUUAUUGAGCUCAGUUAGAGAAGAUAUCAGGCAAGCUUGA